AUGGCGUCGUUUCCGGUUAGCCUCUGUGUUCAUGCUAACGCCAAUGCUAACGCCUGCCACACAGACUGAAUAAAUCUACGUUUUGAAUGUAAAUAUUGCGAAAUGGGGAAGAAACACAAGAAACAUAAACCGGAGUGGAGAACAGUGGAUGACUAUGAGGACAAGGCAUUGGAGAAGCCGCUAAAGAUUGUGCUCAAAGUCGGAGGUAGUGAAGUGACGGAACUCUCAGGUUCGGGCCAUGACUCCAGCUACUAUGACGACAGAUCAGACCAUGAGCGCCACAAAGAGAAAAAGAAGAAGAAAAAGAAAAAGUCUGAAAAGGAUAAGGACAAAUAUGUGGACGAUGAAGAAAGAAAACGACGGAAGGAGGAAAAGAGGAAGAAAAGAGAGCGAGAGCAAAAUGAAUCGGAAGCAACACCUGCCACUGCGGUUAGCACCGGUGUGCCUGUCGAACCGUUUACUAUAUCAAAAACUUUGAAUAUCAAAGUAGAGCCAGAAGAGAAGAAAAGGAAGAAGGAGAAGUUUGAGAGUGAGGCCGAAUUUGAGGAAUUUCACCCCAGUGUGAAGGUCGAAGUGGAGCACCAAGGAGAAAGGCCCAUGCGAGCAUGUCGGACACAGCAUGAGAAUGAGUCCACUCCUCGGCAGCUAUUACUUGAGCACUUCCUGCGCCAGCUACAGAGAAAAGAUGCCCAUGGUUUCUUUGCCUUCCCAGUAACUGAUGCGAUUGCUCCCAAUUACUCAAUGAUCAUCAAACACCCAAUGGACUUCAGCACCAUGAAAGACAAGAUUACAAACAAUGAGUACAACACAGUGACAGAAUUCAAGGCAGACUUUAAGCUGAUGUGUGACAACGCCAUGGUUUACAACCGCCCAGAGACGGUCUACUAUAAGGCAGCAAAGAAACUUCUGCAUACUGGGUUUAAGAUGAUGAGCAAGGAUCGCCUGUUGGUUUUGAAGCGCAGCAUGUCUUUUAUGCAAGACAUGGCAGCCAUUUUGGGAGACGAAGAACUCGCGGCUGAUCUACCUCCAGCGGAGAUAAUUCCUAUGCCAGUGGAAUCAGCCAAAAAGUCAAAGAAACAACCUGUGAAAGACAUGAACUACCUUUUUGAGCCAGAGGGGAACGCCUGCAGCCUGACUGACAGCACUGCAGAGGAACACGUACUAGCCCUGGUGGAACAUUCGGCUGAUGAAGCCCGAGAUCGGAUCAACAGAUAUAUGCCGAACUCAAAGAUAGGCUACUUGCAGAAAGAGUCCGACACGUCUCUUGUGUACACUGUCGUCAAUCAGCUCGAUCCCGAUGCAGAAGAAGAAGAGACCCACAAAGUGGAUUUGAGUUCACUGUCAAAUAAGCUUCUUCCUGGAUUAACGACGCUAGGCUUCAAAGACGACAGAAGACACAAAGUGACUUUCCUGAGUAGUGCCUACAACAUUCAGACCCUUCAGAAGAACUCAGUCUUUCCAGACCUGCUACCCGAUGAGUCGGACUUGUUGUGCUCAGCAUAUGGGGAUGAAACCGGGGUACAGUGUGCUCUGAGCAUACUGGACUUUGUCCAGGGCUGUGGAAAUGUCACCAAGCGAUGGGUCGAUGGACUUCUGGAUAAGAUGACAGGAGGCGAUCACACGAAAGCUGCCAAUCACAUCCGGCAGAAGAGGAACAUGAUGCUGAAACCCGACGAAACCAAGACCGGCCUCUGCGACAUGCAGAUGGUGGAUGGCACUGGUCUUGGAGAGAGCAGUUCAGUGUUGGACUUCAUGUCCCUGAAGAAUUAUCCUGACAUGUCUCUCGAUAUAUCCAUGCUCAACACAUUAGGCAAAGGUGUGAAGAAAGAACCAGGAAACGAGGAGGGCCAGCAGCACUUUGAUGAAGCUGACAAGCUUCUGCAGGAGUUUCAGGAGGCUCAGGUGGACAGAGUCGGCUCCAGGCCUUCGUCCAACCUGUCGUCCCUCUCCAACGCCUCCGAGAGGGAUCAGCACCACUUGGGGAGCCCGUCACAGUCCGAAAUGGUUCACGAUCCCUACGAGUUCCUGCAGUCUCCGGAGUCAGAGAGCCCAGCCAAUAACUGACCUCAUUAUUCCGUUCUUCAUCUGCAUCGACACCUGAAGCUGUGACGUUGGACCGUCCAGUACUGUGGCCACGAUACAAGCCUGUGACUUUGAAACAAUGAAUGUUAUUUGUACAGACUGUUUUUAUUGGAUGUUGUUGUUGUUGUUUUUUGUAUUAUUGCAACAGUAAAAAUAAAUGCCUGCACUCGUGUUUGUAAA